ACGUCACGCGGCGUCGCCGCCGCACGUGGGGCCUACUUUGGUUCGCCCAGAAGCCCAACCGUCGUCUUGAGCAGCAGUAACAUCUUUUCCCGCGCCAUAAUAAUGGCUUUUAAGACUCUUCCUAAUAAUGGCGAUAUUUGGGAAUCGGAAACCACCCUCAAAACGACGCUCCACGAGAUGGUGCUCCAGGCGGCCGUACCGCAUUCAGACCGGACAGCCGUCUGUUUCGACCAGUGCGACGAUCGUCUUCCCGUGUAUUUCACCUACAAGACCGUCGUCGAAAUGGCCGCGGAACUGACCAGGUUUCUGCAGACGCACUGUGACCCUCAAGAGACGCGUGAAAUCGGCCUCUGUUGCUACCCUGGAAUAAGGCUGCCUUCUUGGAUUUUGGGAAUUCUCCAAGUCCCCGCUGCUUACUGUCCGAUUGACCCGGAUGCCCCAACAGUGUAUUCUGCCUAUUUUAUGAGGAAAUGUAACCUGAAGUACGUCCUCGUGGAAGCCAGUCAAGUGGAUAAGUUCCAGUCCUCCUACGCAUCCCAGUGGAGCCAACAUUCGAUACCGGGGAGCCACCUCGGCCUGACGCUCUUCAAACUCCACUGGAAUGGCGUCGACGGGCACCUCCCGGCCAGAGAGGGCAAAGAGGAAUGCGCGGAGGAGAAAACGAGGGACGCGGGGAGUUUUCCGAACGGGUCCGGAGGAGAUCCGGGAGCAAGCGUGGAUGCCGGGGCGCCUGGCCGCCUGGCUUACGUUCUGCAUACAUCCGGGACGACGGGGGUCCCCAAGAUAGUCCGAGUGCCCCACCGCUGCAUAACGCCGAACAUCCAGCACUUCCGAGCCAUUUUCCGAGUGAGGCCGGACGACGUUCUGUUCAUGGCGUCUCCCCUGACCUUUGACCCGUCGGUCGUGGAUCUCUUCGUCGCCCUGACCAGCGGCGCGUCCCUGCUGAUGGUCCCCGACGCCGUGAAAAUGGUCCCGUCCCAGCUGGCCGCCGCCCUCUUUCAUCGACACGGGGUCACGGUCCUCCAGGCCACCCCAACGUUGCUGAGGAGAUUCGGGGCUCGGCUUCUGAAAUCGACGGCGCUUUCGGCUGGCAGUCCCCUCCGGGUCCUGGCCCUGGGCGGAGAACCCUUCCCCGCCCUGGCCACCUUCCGGUCCUGGCGAGCCGAGGGCAACGGGACACAAGUGUUCAAUGUCUACGGCGUCACCGAAGUGUCCAGCUGGGCCACGUGCUACAGGAUCCCGGCGGCCGACCUGGACCCCUCUUCGAGCUCGGAGAGUCCCGUGCCCCUUGGAGCCCCGCUGCUUGGGACGAUCGUCGAAGUCAGGGACCCAGACGGAUGUCGAAUCGAAGAUGGCGACGGCCAAGUCUUUAUAGGUGGUGAAGAGCGGGUGUGCUUCCUCGACGACGAAACCACAGUGCCCUCGGGCACCAUGCGAGCCACGGGGGACCUCGUGACCGUGAAGGGGGAGGACUUGUUUUUCUUGGGCCGGAAGGACGGUCAGAUUAAACGUCACGGCAAGCGCCUCAACCUCGAGGGAGUGCAGCAGGCCGCCGAGCGCCUCUGUGGAGCGGAAGCCUGCGCGGUGACUUGGGGACCCCGAGAAGGGCUGCUUCUCUUCGUGGUGCCCUCGGGCCGUCUGGCCAAGGAGCAGCUCCUGGGGGAACUGGAGAGACGCCUUCCGAGGCACGCGCUCCCCGACGACCUGGUGUUCGUCGAGGCCCUGCCGUUCACCUCCCACGGCAAAAUCGACAGGCCCGCAUUGACCAAGAUGUACUGGAGCCACCGAAAACUGAAUGGGGCCUGCAAGCUCCGGGGAGAAGAGCAACUCUGGGAACGAUUGCAGGAUAUAUGGACGUCUGUCCUGAGACCUGGAGGAGACCCUCGAGGAGUUCCCAAGGACUCGCUGUUCCUCAGCAGCGGGGGAGACUCCCUCAAGUGUCUGCGGUUCCUGGAGGAGGUGGAAGGCCUGGUGGGCACGGCAGUUCCCGGACUGCUGGAAGUGAUCCUCAGCCGCCCCAUCUCGGAAAUCCACAGCCACGUCCUCCGGGCGGCGUUCCCCAGUGACACGGCCACGAGGAAGCGCCGGCGAGGGGAACGCGUGGACCCGGAGCCCGGGAAGCCCGGCGGCGCCGACCCGGGGCCGGAGCCCGGGAGGCCCGGCGGCGCCGACCCGGGGCCGGAGCCCGGGGGGCCCGGCGGUACCGACCCGGAGCCGGCCACCUUCGUGGCCGUGAGCCGCGGGAGCCAGGUCUCGGAGCUCAGCGCGCCCAGCCGGGGACCCGCGGGCCGGCGGGCCGGGCCGGGGGCCCUGACGCUGCGGGUCCGGUGGCGGUCGGACACCGGGCGGUGCGUGGACGCCUCCCCGCUGGUGGCGGUGGGAACGGCCGCCGGGGAUUCUUCGGCCACCGUGUACGUGGGCUCCCACUCGGGCCGGCUGCAGGCCCUCGACCUCCGUUCCGGCCGGCUUAAGUGGGAGCGGGUCCUCGGUGACCGGGUCGAGUCCUCCGCCUGCCUGUCCCGCUGCGGACGCCUCGUCGCUGUCGGGCCCCGGCCGGGGUCCUCCUGCCCGACCAGGCUGCUACGACGGCUUCGUCUACGUGCUCCGGAGCGCCACUGGGGAAACGCACUGGCGGUUCGCCACGCGGGACGCCGUGAAGAGCUCUGCGGCUCUGGAUCCUUCCACGGGGCUCCUCUACGUGGGCUCUCACGACCAGCACGUGUACGCGCUGGACGUCUACGAGCGGAAGCGUGUCUGGGAGCUGCACUGCGGAGGAGGAGCCGUGUUUGCGUCCCCGUGCCUGAGCCUGGCUCCGCACCGCCUCUACGUCGCUACGCUGGGAGGACUCUUGGUGGCCGUCAAUCCGGCGAGCGGGCAUGGCGUUUGGAAGCACUCGUGCGGAAAGCCCCUCUUCUCUUCGCCCCGGUGCUGCCCGCCGGGGGUCUGCGUCGGCUGCGUGGACGGGAAUCUCUACUGUUUCAACCACGCAGGAGAACAGGUGUGGCAGCUGUCCACGGGCGGGCCCGUCUUCUCGUCCCCCUGCAUCUGGGCAGCGGACGACCGGAACCUCUUCCUCGGCUCCCACGACGGCUGCGUCUACUGCUGCGACGCGGAAGGCCGUCAGCGGUGGAAGUUCGCAGCCUCGGCCCCGGUGUACGCCACCCCGUUCGCCUUCCGGAGCCCCCGCCCGGCCGGCGAGACCUUGGUGGCCGCGGCCUCCACGGAUGGGCGGCUGUGGGUGCUGGACGCCGAGAGCGGACAGGCGCGGGCCACGGCGGAGCUGCCUGGGCAGGUCUUCUCUUCUCCCGUGGUCUGGGGUGCGCUGCUUGUCGUCGGCUGCAGGGACGACGGCGUGUACGGGCUCGAGCUGGCACCGGCCGCCCCCGCCCCUUGACCGGAACAGCCGCCGGAGCCGUCGGCCCGCCGCCUGGGCCCCGUCCGGUCAGCCUGCACGCCGAGGGAAGCUGGGAAUCGGAGGUGCAGAGUCCACGCGUGACAGUCACCCCCAGGGCCGUCCAAAGCACCUACCAGCCGGGCUCGUCCAGUUGGCCGCUUCUCACCCCGUCGAAAUCUCCGGCCGACGUCGCCAACCCUGCAAGGCCCCGGGAGCCCAGCCGGCCCCGGGACCCGCCGUGGACCUCGGGGCGACCUCGGCGCCGUCCGGGAGAAACCGGAGCUGAGCUCGUCGAGAGGGGUUCUUACCAAGAGAAGCCCCGGGCGCCUCCGCUGAAGAGCACGGGCUGACCCGCGGCCGACGUCGCCCCGCGGUCUGCCCGCCCGGCCCGGGGCUCCGCGUGCGCCCGGAGGAGCUGCGAGGCGGCGGCGGGCCGGGCAACCACGCCGCGCCGGCCGACCGUUCUCUGGAUCCAGUAGGACAUGCUUCUUCCCCUUCCCUCCCCACCCGCCACCCCCUUUUCUUUACCUUAUGGGAAAAUGAGAAAUAAAUAACAAGGGUAGAGGGGGAA